UGUGGAUUUUGGGACAAGAUGCAAUUUGCUUUCAUUUUAAAAGGGGGUGAAUAUUUAUUACCUGGCAUGGAAGAAACUUGGAUACAUUAAAAACAUCUGAUUAUAAAUGUUCACCUACGCUUUGGAGGGUCAGUAAUAUGGCCUGCCAUGUCAAGAUUGUGCUCUUACUCUGCCAGCUAGCGAGCACUUUAUCUCUGGAGAUCGGACUUUACGAUGGCGAAUGGGGCAGACCUGCGAGAUGUGAACCCAUCACCAUUCCCAUGUGCCAAGGGAUCGGCUACAACAUGACCCGGAUGCCUAACUUAUUGAAAUACGAAAGUCAACAAGAAGCCGAAAUCAAGCUCAACGAAUUCAGACCCUUGGUGGAAUACGGUUGCGACGUGCACCUCCGUUUCUUCCUGUGCUCGCUCUACGUGCCCAUGUGCACGGAUCAGGUGUCGACCACCAUCCCUGCGUGCCGCCCGAUGUGCGAGCAAGCCAGGCAGAGAUGCUCGCCCAUCAUGGAGCAGUUCAGCUUCGGCUGGCCCGACUCGCUGGACUGCUCCAAGCUGCCCACCAAUAAUGACCCCAACUCCCUGUGCAUCGAGGCCCCGGAGAACGACACCGCGCCCGAGACUAAGAAAGGCGAAGGGAUGCUUCCCGUACCCGCCAGACCUAGGCAGCCUGGGAGCGGGCAUGGCACACCGGAGGGGUCUUGUGAGAAUCAUGAGAAGUUCCAGUACGUCGAAAGGAGCGAGUCUUGCGCCCCGAAAUGCUCCCCUACCGUGGACGUAUUCUGGUCCCGCCAGGACAAGGACUUCGCGUUCAUCUGGAUGGUCGUCUGGUCGACUCUUUGCUUCGUCUCGACGGCGUUCACGGUCCUCACUUUCUUGUUAGACGCCCAGCGCUUCCAGUACCCGGAACGGCCCAUCAUCUUCCUCUCGAUGUGCUACAACGUUUACUCGGUGGCCUUCAUCAUUAGGUCCGUGGCUGGAGCCGAGAACAUCGCCUGCGACAGGGAAAACGGGCAACCGUAUAUCAUUCAAGAGGGUUUAGAGAGCACUGGGUGCACCAUAGUCUUCCUCAUCCUUUAUUACUUCGGCAUGGCGAGCUCGAUAUGGUGGGUCAUCUUAACGCUCACCUGGUUUCUCGCAGCAGGCCGGAAAUGGGGACACGAAGCCAUCGAGGCUCACAGCAGCUACUUUCACAUGAUCGCCUGGGGCGUCCCGGCCAUGAAAACCAUAGUCAUCCUGACCAUGCGCAAGGUGGCUGGCGACGAGCUGACCGGACUCUGUUACGUAGGCAGUAUGGACACCAACGCUCUGACCGGGUUUGUUCUCAUUCCCCUCGCUUGCUACCUAAUCGUUGGCACUUCUUUUGUCAUGACCGGCUUUGUUGCGCUGUUCCACAUCCGCAAGAUCAUGAAGACGGAAGGCACCAACACGGAGAAGCUCGAGAAGCUCAUGGUAAAGAUCGGGAUCUUCUCCGUCCUUUACACCGUCCCGGCCACUUGCGUGAUCAUCUGCUACUUCUACGAGAGGCUUAACAUGGACUACUGGACCUACCACGCGCUGGAGAGCAAGUGCGUCUCCUUUCCAGGCCGAAGGACCGAAGACUGCACCCUGGACUUUUCCGUGCCCAACGUAGCCGUGUUCAUGCUGAAGAUAUUCAUGUCCCUGGUGGUGGGCAUCACCAGCGGUGUGUGGGUGUGGAGCUCCAAGACUUUGCAGACCUGGCAGGGUUUGUGUUCCAGGAGGUUGUCAACAAGGACGACGCCUAAGCCCUGUCCGAGUGUCAGCUGCAGCUCACACUGCCAUUACAAAGCAGCUGCCACGGCGCUCCACGCCGUCAAAACGGACCCUUACGCAGACAGUCUGACACGUGUGUGAUGUGUUUCGAACUGAAAUUGACAUGAGCUGCUGCCAGAUAUAGACAAAACACACCUCGUAGGGGGAUUAUUUUCACUGUAGCUAAGCAUGCUGAUUUAUUUCUGUGGAGAGAUGAAUGGAUUUAUUAUUUAUUGUGUCCUAUAGUGUACAGAAGAACUGAUCCUGAGCAGAGUGUGGUUUAUUAUAAAAAUGAUGGGUGGUAAAUAUUCUUACAAUUUUCUGUAUGGA